AUGGGAAUAUGGCUGAACGAAUCAUCUGUUGAUGGGUUCAUCCUCUUAGGCAUCUUCUCCCAGAGCCAAACCGAUCUUCUCCUCUUCUCUGUGGUCAUGCUGGUCUUCACAGCGGCACUCUGCGGGAAUGUGCUGCUCAUCCUCCUCAUCUACAGUGACCCCCGACUUCAUACUCCUAUGUACUUCUUCCUCAGCCAGCUCUCCCUCAUGGACCUCAUGUUGGUCUGUGACAUUGUGCCAAAGAUGGCAGCCAACUUCCUGUCUGGUGGGAAGUCCAUCUCCUUUGCCGGUUGUGGCAUACAGAUUGGAUUUUUCGUCUCUCUUGUGGGAUCUGAGGGGCUCUUGCUGGGACUCAUGGCCUAUGACCGCUAUGUGGCUAUUAGCCACCCACUUCACUAUCCAGUCCUCAUGAGUCAGAGGGUCUGUCUGCAGAUUGCCGGGAGCUCGUGGGCUUUUGGGAUCCUGGAUGGAAUGACUCAGAUGGUAGCAGCCAUGAGCCUGCCCUACUGUGGCUCGAGGGAAGUGGACCACUUCUUCUGCGAGGUGCCAGCUCUGCUGAAGCUGGCUUGUGCUGACACAUCCCUUUUCGACACCCUGCUUUUUGCUUGCUGUGUCUUUAUGCUGCUCCUGCCCUUCUCCGUCAUUGUGGCCUCCUAUGCUCGCAUCCUGGGGGCCGUGCUCCGGAUGCACUCUGCUCAAUCCAGGAAGAAGGCUCUGGCCACCUGUUCCUCCCACCUGACAGCCGUCUCUCUCUUCUACGGGGCAGCCAUGUUCAUCUACCUGAGGCCAAGGCGAUAUCGGGCUCCUAGCCAUGACAAAGUUGUCUCAAUCUUCUACACAGUUCUGACUCCGAUGCUCAACCCCCUCAUUUAUAGCUUAAGAAACAGGGACGUGAUGGGGGCACUGAAGAAAGGGCUGGACCACUGCAAGAUUGGCAGCCAGCACUCAAAAGCCAUGGUCUAGUGUCUGGCUACCACCUGUUGUUGGCAUAUCGUUGAUAAGUCCUCUUUGUUUUGUGAAUCUCUCUUUCCUUAUAGACAA